CCAACAAAGAAGCAGCCAGUAAUGGGUGACUUGGACUUUCCAUCAAAUAAAGUCAGGGUUGAUGGUGAUACUGGAAUGGAUAUAUACGGCCCAGGUCUGAAAAAUGAAGUUGGUGAAUAUAAUUGCUUUGUUAACGCCAUAAUACAGUCCUUGUGGCACCUUAGACGGUUUCGAGAUGAAUUUUUUAGGAGAUCUUCAUCUGGACAUGAUUGUGUUGGUAAUCCUUGUGUUAUAUGUGCUCUAUCUGAUAUCUUCAUUUCUCUGAGAACGCUAUCUAUGUAUACUCGAAGAGAAGCUGUUGCUCCUACUUCUUUGAGGGUUGCUCUGAGCAAUCGGUCUUCUGACAUUAAGUUCUUCCAGAAGGGACAGAUGAACGAUGCUUCUGAAUUGCUUUGGGUAAUAUUUGAUUGCUUUCACCAAUCAAUGCCUUGUGAACCUGUAGUACGGGUGGGCUCCUGGGAUUGCAAGGGGUUCUCUUGUAUUGCACAUUCGGUUUUCGGAAUGGACAUAACUGAAAGAAUGAAGUGCGACAGUUGCAGUUUGGAGUCCAGGCAUCUAAAUUACACAACAUAUUUUCGUCAUACCAAUGCCAGUGCUCUAAGAGAAAUGAAGGUUAUGUACCCAGAAAAUACCUUUGACGAGCUUUUAAAUCUGGUUGAGAAGAAUCAACCGUUAGCUUGUGAUCCAGAAACUCGUGGCUGUGGAAAGCUCAACUACAUUCACCAUGUUCUCUCUUCUCAACCCCAAAUUUUCAUAACUGUUCUGGGUUGGCAGAAUAAUUGUGAACGUCUCGAUGACAUAAGAGUAACAUUAUCAGCCCUGUCGACUGAGAUUGAUAUCAGUGUGCUUUAUCAUGGUCUUGAUCCGAAAAGCAUACAUUGCUUGGUUUCCAUGGUUUGCUAUUAUAGGCAGCACUAUAUUUGUUUUGCCUACAGUCACGAAUCAGAAAAGUGGAUCAUGUAUGAUGACGAAACUGUAAAGGUAAUUGGUGGCUGGAAUGAUGUUGUUUCCAUGUGUGAAAGAGGACGCCAGCAACCCCAAGUCCUCUUUUUUGAAGCUGUAAACUAGUACUUAAAUGGGUUGAAUGUGCUACUUGAUACGCAUUUUAGCAUCAGCGUGUCAUUCAGUCUUGAACACAAAGCAUAGUGAUAUCUGCCUCAGUAGAUUUUUAGGUCAGUUUGUAACUGAACUUUCUGAUAUAUACCAAUGUCAACAUGAAGGCCGGAAUUUUAUCAUAAAGUAGAGAUUUUUGUUGUAUAACGACCAGCAAUGAGAGCAAUUAUGUGUAAGAAAAGGAAAAAAGUUUGAAAUGUGGUUUGACUGAAGAAAGUAAAAAUAGAAAAUAGGUUUUGAUGCUCACUGGAGGCUCAGCAAAACUGGGUUUUCCUCAGCUGCUUUCUUCUAAUUCUGUGAUCUUAUCAACUGGGUUGAUUAAAGAUGGAACAGUAACAACUACCUCGAUUUUGGAGAUGUGUGGUACUCAGAGGAUGUGAAAAUUGACUUCUUAAAGGCAACUAGCACCUACGUUUGAUGGAUACCAAAAUUGUAUAGAGAAUUUCUUGUACUUAGAUUCAAAAAUCAGAUUGUUUUCCAGAGGAAAUUGUGUAUAAAUUGAAUACCGGCCCCUUGUCUUCUGCUACUGCCGCCUAUAGUAAUAUCUCCUUUUCAGUUUUCUUUUGUGAAAAAUUUGUUAGGUCACACUGUAUAGAACUCUUGUAUAUUGUAUCGUAUAUCAGGUUGAUGAUGGAAGAAAUAAAUGGAACGACUUAUUUCUA